AGUCAUGGAGAGGAACUGCGCUCUCAUUCAGGAGUUGGAGCAGGACUUGGCCCGGUUCAGCCUGGCUCUGGACCAGAUCAACAGGGAGCCGGAUUCUGCGGUACUAAACCAAAGUUAGCACAUAAAUCCAUCAUGUCUCACCACGCUGACACUCCUGCAUGCUGUUCUUCAGGCCUUCUAUUCGUACCCUGAGCAGCUAGACGUGGACAGGUAUGGAGAAUAUGCUUCGUCAUCCAGCGGUUCAUGACGGAGCUUUUUUCAAAACCUGUCCUUUGCAGAGUGGUGGAUGUUCUGGAGCAGUCGGACACGAGCAGCGUGAGCCUGGACGAAGCUAAAGCCGAGCAGAUCCUCAGUCUCGCCAGCAACAUGCUGCUGCUCGUCUGCUCACAGACUCCUCUGAUCAGGAAGCUGCUGAAGAGCUAUUCCAGUGAGGUACAUCUGGAUCCGGAGACGGCUCACCCAAAACUGAUGGUCUCCCCCCGGAGGGACAGUGUGGCCUACACCGACGCCUGGCAGCCGCUCCCUGAUGUUCCCGAGCGCUUCGACGCCACGCUGAAUGUCAUCAGUCUGCAAAGCUUCAGCUUUGGCCGCCAUUACUGGGAGAUCGAUGUGACUGGGAAAACCUACUGGGAGCUUGGAGUCACCUACCCCUCCAUUCUUCGCAAAGGUGCAUCGGAGGACUGCUGGCUGGGCCGGGGGCCCGAGUCCUGGUGUGUGGAGUUCUUUGAUGGGGAGUACACAGCCUGGCACGGAGGGGUCCCUCAUCAGCUGCCGUUCACAACGGCCUUCUGUCGGAUCGGCGUGCUGUGCAGCUUCCCCGCGGGGUUGGUGACGUUUGUGGAAGUGGACAGAAUGACGCCUCUUUUCUCCUUCUGUGCAGGAACCUUCUCAGAUCGCCUUCACCUGGCGCUGUGUCCCGGUCACAACCACGACGGCAAAAACGCCAAACCCGUCGUGCUUUUCAACAGCUCGUCUCCCACCAGUGAUCUCUGAAGUGUGGAUCCACUGAAGAGCUUCACGACUUUCCUGCUGAGACCGUGACGCAAAAGCUCUGCAGCAGGGGUCCGCGGCCACGUGGGGCUCUCCUACGCCUCUUCAAAGAAAAAUAUAACAUUUAAAGCCAGUUCAAAAAUCUGACUUUAGAGUAAAACGUUUACCGUUUACAACAGAAAGACUGGAGGUCAAUCAGAAUUACGGCACACCAGAUUAUAAAGCAGAUUAUCUAUUUUGGAACACAUUUAAGGAUUUUAAGUGCUCCUUAUGGCUCUAGAACAAGUGGUGGGGUCACUUAAUUGGCUCUGAGUUCAUUUUGUUGGUUAGAUUGACACAUUUUUGAUGAGAACAAUAGUAAAAUCAACUAUUUGUUUAAAUCCCUGCUGACAGAACCCCACUUCCUUUGCUACAUUUGUUUUGAAGGGAAGUCUUGAACCUCAGACAAAAGUUAUAAACUAGUUAUUAUAUUUCAAUAAAGGCUGGAUUCUC